CGCUACCCGGACAGCUUCGGCCACUACCGGGAGGCGGCCUUCGCCCAGACCAAGCACCACUGGUGGUGGAAGCUCCACUUCGUCUGGGAGCGGGUGCGGGCCUUGCGCGGCCACCGGGGCCCCAUCCUCUUCCUGGAGGAGGACCACUACCUGGCCCCGGACGCCCUCCACGUCCUGCAGGGCCUCUGGGCGCUCCGGGACCGCGAGUGCCCGGACUGCCAGGUGCUCUCGCUGGGCACCUACGCCCCCGUCCGGGGCUCCCUGGCCGGCCGGGCCGACAAGGUGGAGCUCAAGACCUGGAAGUCCACCGAGCACAACAUGGGCCUGGCCUUCGGCCGCGACACCUACCGCCAGCUGCUGGCCUGCACCGAGGCCUUCUGCACCUACGACGACUACAACUGGGACUGGACCCUCCAGCACCUGACGGUGGCCUGCCUGCCCCGCUUCUGGAAGGUGCUGGUGCCCGAGGUGCCCCGGGUCUUCCACACCGGCGACUGCGGCAUGCACCACAAGCAGCGGGCCUGCCAGCCGGCCGCCCAGGCCGCCAAGGUGGACGCCCUGCUGGACGCCAACCGGCAGCACCUCUUCCCGGAGACGCUGACCGUCAGCAAGCGGUACCCGCUGGCCCCGCUCAGCCCCCACGUCAAGAACGGCGGCUGGGGAGACAUCCGCGACCACGAACUGUGCAAAAGCUACCGCCGGUUGCAGUGAGGCCCGAGCCGGACAGGGAACGGGGCCUGGCCUGGCCGCAGCCGGGUGGCUUCUCCGCCUCGGACAUGGAGGACCGCAAAGUGCCGGGCGGGCCUCUUCUCUCCGACGACCUGGGUGGCAGUGAUCACAAAGGGUGUCCGUCCUCCAGCGGUCGGGUUCUUGAGCCAGAAAAGUUGCCCGCCCCGACACGGAAAAAGUGCCAGUCGUCUGUUGGGGCUUUUUAUCGAGGCCUUUUUAUAAGGUUUCCAGCACUUCCAGACCAGCCCAAUCCCUUUAUGUCAAGGGGGGGAAACGUAGUGAAGGCUCACAGCGUUCUUGCUGAAGUUCUCUCAACCUCCCCCCCUCCAGUGCCAUUCGGUUUCCAAAGGCAAGCCUUGGGGGGAAAAGGCUUUAUAACUCUCUUCCUCCUUUCCCUUAAUCUUCAAAUGAGAACCAGUAUUCCAUAACCUUGUAUGAAAUUUCCUAUCUUACUCUCUGCAACAGCAUUCUCUUUUGUUUGCUAUGUGCUUACUAUACCGGGGGAGGGGGCGGCAGGAAUUGGACAGCUAUUUUGUUUCACUUCAAUGUAGAAAUAUGCAACUUUUUUUAGUUCUGCCAAAAUAAAAAUUCAUGGGAGGUUU